AUGUCACAAACUGCCGCCAAACCAGACAGUUUCCAUAGAGAAAUACCAUUUUUGAGGACUAAUACAGAGACCAAUUCUUUUGGAUUUACGACUUUUAUUAACAUUUCUAAUUAAUAAACGUCUCAAUAGUUGGAUAUGGACGCUGAACUGCAGCAACAGAGGCUGGAGAAGCAGCAAGCUCUUCUGACAAAAAUGCAGCAAAAGAAAAGAGCUUUCAUUCCAAUGGUGGUUGCCACUCAGGAAAUGCGGCAGAAGAAUCCAAAGCACAGAUCGUUGUUUUCUGAUGAGACUUCUCUGCUGAUCAGCCAGUCUGCAAGCAGUGGUUCUCUGAGUGAUCAAGUGGAACAUGCUCAUGACAACCCUCUGGUUGAGAUCACUCUGGGAGAAAAAGAUAUGAUUCCAAGUGAGGAGCUGGAAGAACAUCCUCCAGAGAACCUCGGUCAUCCCAAAACGCUAAAUUGGGAGGUCGAUGUGGAGUCACAGGAGAAAAGUGAAGGAGUUAAACUAGAUCCAGUGGAUACAAGGACAAAGGAGGAAGACACAACAAAAGAAAAUAACAAACAAGUAGAAGGGGAAGAGGAAAAUGAGCAAGAAAAUCAACAUGAAAAAGAAAAAAAGGAGAAAAAAACCAAGAAGAAAGCCAAAGUAAAAGAAUCAACAAACUCGCAGAAGACAAAGAAGAAAACCAAACAAGAACCUGACACCGCGUGUCAAAUAAGUGAUGAGAGCAAAGAUGAAGAAAAAGAAACAAAGUCAGACAAAGAAGAGAAAACCACACCAAGUCUGGCGUCACUUAACUCCAACUACAGGGAGCUGUCAUCCUCAGAAAAUGAACUUGAAGAACAACCAAGCUCUCCCAUGUCGACAGAAGAUGUUGAGAAGUUCGCCUUACGGCCCGCUCCCAGAGAUGUUACCAUUCAAUGUCGGAUCACCAGGGACAGGAGGGGCUUAGAAAAGGGCAUUUACCCUACAUACUACCUACACAUGGAGAAGGAGGACGGGAAGAGGGUAUUUCUGAUGGCAGGCAGAAAAAGAAAAAAAUCCAAGACCUCAAACUAUCUCAUCUCCACCGACCCGACAAAUCUCUCCAGGGAUACAAGCUCCUACAUUGGAAAAUUGAGGUCCAAUGCUCUGGGUACAAAGUUUACAGUGUACGAUGGAGGUGAAAACCCAGAGAAGAAACCAUUUGUCAAAGAGAGUGAGUCGGUGCGCCAGGAGUUGGCAGCCAUAUGCUAUGAAAAAAACGUGUUGGGCUUUAAAGGUCCCAGGAAAAUGACAGUGAUCAUACCUGGCAUGCUACAAAACGAUGAAAGAGUCACCAUUGGUUCUGGAAAUCAGAGUGAGACUCUACUGGGCUGCCACGCAAAGGGCCAAACAGAUCAGCUGGUGACUCUGGUGAACAAAUUCCCGAGCUGGAAUGAACAGACUCAGUCAUAUGUGCUGAACUUCAACGGACGCGUGACUCAGGCGUCUGUGAAAAACUUCCAGAUCAUCCACCCUGACAAUGAGGAUUACAUCGUGAUGCAGUUUGGCCGGGUGGCGCAGGACGUCUUCUCCAUGGAUUACAGCUUUCCUCUUUGUGCCCUGCAAGCUUUUGCCAUUGCUCUCUCGUCCUUUGAUGGUAAACUGGCCUGUGAGUGAUUAAAAGACAUUCAGAAGCUGCAAAUCAACAGUUUUAUCUUUGUCAUGCAAUGUUUGCAGAUAAAUAAAUAGUCAUUUUUACAAAAAACAAAAUUUA